AUGAAGGAUCAGUUUGUUCAGUUUGUUUUACUCGGUUUCAUGUUAGUGACGACAGUGCAUUUACGUUCGAAUCGGAAUUUGUAUCAGCAAAAUAUCAUUUUUCAUGGCUACGAUGCAACCGGACGUAGUUUUACAUCUUCAUUGGACAAUGACCUGACAUUGCUGCAACAUUGCAUUAUCACCGACAAUGUUACUAUAAUUACUCAUGGAUGGAGGGAGGAGUCCUUACGGUCGAUAUGGGCUCGAAAUAUGAUCUCCAAUUUCUCGUCCGUUAGAGGUGGAUGCGUAUUUAUCAUGGAUUAUGAGUAUUACAGCCACGGAUCGUACCUUUCACUUUAUAGCCAUUUCAAACCGAUUACUGAAGUACUAACGAAGAAGCUACUCCAAUUGAAUCGACUGGGCUUCGAUCCAGUCAAUUUCUUUCUAUUCGGAUUUAGCUUUGGUUCUCAUUUAGUGUUUGAAGGUGCUUACCAAUUUGGUCCUCGGAAAGUGGGACGCAUUGAUUGCUGUGAUCCAGCCGGACCUCUGUUCCCGGAAUAUUUCGGGCCAGCAUUACAUGCACGGGAUUCAGCGUUGUUUGUUCAAUGUGUUCACACUUCAAGCGAUAAAGGAACAGCCGCUAGAUAUUGUCCUAUUAACAUAAAUAUGGGAAAAUGUGGACAGAGCCAACCAGGAUCAACGUCGCGACCACAUCUCAGUCAUGGACUAUGCCCAGUUAUUUAUGCCAACGCAUUUAAAGUGGAUUUCAGUUUGGUGCCGGUUAAUCAAAUUAAUGAUUACUUCAGUGUCCAUUGUAAAUCGAGGAAGUACACACCGGAUGUAAGACAAUUGCCACAUUCCACUAUGGGAUUUAGAUUUAACGCAAGUUUCCCGUUAGGAGAAUAUUUCGCAUUGACGAGUGAUGCUGCUCCAUAUAAUGUUGUUUAAAACAGGGGUGUUCCUUGAGACAUCUUUGACGUUUUAUUUUUAAUCGGGAUAGACCUUAACGCUUAUAGUCAGUAGAAAACAACUAAAGAUAAUGAAUUUGAGAAAGAUUGCAAGCUCAUCACAUUUAACCCAAAAUGUAUAUAGUCAUCUGUCAGCGACCACAACGACAAAAAAUUAUAGCUAAAGAGAGAAUUUAUAGCAAAAUUUAAGUUAAAACAAUGAAGUAGAAGACUUGGUAUCAAACAUUUGACAAAAUCUUAAGCAACAAGAAGUAACAGAUUUGAUGAUGCACAAACGCUUCCUGUUUGUUAUUUAAGUUGAUGUUCAAAAGUUAUGUUAAUUUAACAA